ACAGAACAUGGAUAUCACUUCGCUUUUAAUGAAUAGUAUUAUUACAAGAUACCAUGUGGCGCGUUUCUGUUACCUGACUACGCUUCGGAAAAUUGUGGACUGAAUUCAGUUAGUCAACAUAGAGCUUCCAGCAUUUCUCGCAACGAGGUUCAAAGUGGCAGCUUCCGGAAGGAGCAACUGUAGCCGGUCGUCCGGUCAAUAUCCCCUGGCCUUCCUUCAAGCAUCAUAAGCAUUACAACCAUCAUCACUAUUAUUACUAGUAUCAGAUCAUCUUUUUUAUCUCGUCUUUGCUCUGCUCUACGAAGCAGCGAUGUUGAGAGAUUCCAUUUUUCGAACCAAAGUAUACAAACCCUCGAGGCUCGACAACAUACUUUCCGCCUGGCCGAAGAUCCCAGUGUCUGCAGCAAGGAAACUGGUCAUUAGGGGCGUGUUGAUUAGUAGUGGGCUUCUGGCAUAUUGGUAUCUGAAAGGACAUCAACGGGAUGAGGACACGCAUCAGAGGCCUAUGGCGAGCAAGAUCGUCCAAGACGCGAGAUUCCGACUGGCGACAGAGUGCCACUACUUAUCUACCAGGGAAGCUGACGAGCGACUCCGUGCUCACGAAGAACGUUUCGUAUGUUCUCACCUCCGAUCGUGCUAUGCUGACUGUUCGACUCUAUCGAGUGCGCCAUGGAAGUCAUAUCAAUGGGUUUCUCAGAGGCUAUCAUGCGGCCGCAUCUUAGACUUAUGGGCCAUCUACAACGACCAUAUUGACGUUCCCCUGUGCCGUCAUCUUUCGAAAAAAUUGUUUGCUACUGUAGCGCUUGAGCUGGAUGAGGUGUACUCAGCGGAACCAUCACCAGACGCUGAAUCACUAAGGCAAGCCAUACGGCGUGGAUUUGGGGCUGCGAACAAUCGUCGGAUGACCACCUUAUUGCGUCCUCGGCCAGGAUCACCUCAGCAUACGACUACAGACUCACAUAUCACACCAGCACCUGCGCCUCUCCCGGCUGCGCAUAAAGCCCAGGAGGAAACCAGUCAGCGCAAGGCUCCAGAGUUGCAUACCGCAGCACCUCAUCUAUUCCCAGGGGCUGCGCAUGACUCCAAGGGGAAGCUCACCCAGCGAUGUGCUUUGCUGUUAGUCUACGACCAUCAAGAUCGGGUUUUGCAUGUGGCAUCGACCGGUAAUUGUCGCGCAGUAUUGGGUCGUCGCAGUAGGCGAGAAAGAGAAUCAUGGACGGCCACGGUGAUCCCUGUAGAUCAACAAAUGCACAAUAAGCUUGUGCAUCCAGGAGGGCCAUAUGUGCUUAGAAACAGCCCGCUUCUGGGGACUCUUGGACUCUUAUGGGGUCAGGAAGGUUUGCCCGGGGCUCACAACUCGGAUGAUAAUACCCUGACGAUUCCGAGACCAACUAUCUUACAAGUCACCCCUGAGCCACUCGUGACUAGUGUUGAGGUCGAGCCUGGGAGAGGAUGUUUUGUUGCGAUGGCCUCGAGUAGACUGUGGGAGUGCCUAAGUGCGGUGGAAGUUGUGGCACUGGUAGGACGAUGGAUGGACGAGCCGAAGAACACAGGCACUGAGGAGGGCUUCAAAGGAUGGACCAAGUACAUUGACUCGGUGGGCUUGACAACAGUGUCCAGGCAUGCUCUGACCGGCCAAGGAAGACUGUCCCAAAGAAGUUUGAACUUCGCGAGUCCAGACGAAAGGUUCGUGUUGGAGGAUGGCAAUGCUGCAUCUCAUCUUAUCCGGAAUGCUCUCGGAGGGAGGCUGCAGAGCCAGCCCUUGAGUGCUUGGCUCAGGUUCUCGCAUUUGCUUGGCAGGGGGUAUCCUGCUGACAUGACAGCCUCAGUUCUUUUCUUUGGUGUCAAACCCCCAGAUGUGGGCGAAAGGAUCAGAGGUCUGGCAAAACUAGCAUAUCAAUGCAGGGUUUUGAUUGCAAGGUUGGCCGUUGACAUCACGAUUAGGUCUGCUGAACUUGCUCACGCAUUGGCUCCAGUUUAGUAGUGUUGAUUUAGUAUAGACUCGACUAUAGGAACCAUCUCC